AUGACCCCUGCCCCGCAGCUUCCAGCCCGUGCUGGGCCGCGGCCCCCAGGCCCUUGCCUGUCCUACAACAACCUGUCCAGGGCCAUCAUGGCAUCAUCCAGGAGCACAAGGACAGGGAGGGCCCAUGAGUGCCUGCUGCGAUCCCAGGCCAACUCACUCUUCGGCGACUCGGGCAUCUAUAGCGUGCCCAGCUUCUAUACCCUGCAGCAGGCCAGUGUGCCGUCCCAGGGCCCCCAAGGUUCGCGCUGCGCUACGGCUCAGAGAGGACCUUGUGGCUGGGCCACGGCUUCGGCGGUGCCAUCAGCCCUGCCUGCAGACCUCACUGUCCUUGCUGUCAGCUCCGUGAGCCAUGCACCGCAGAUGUCGUCCUCCCUGCAGGCUGAUAAGGCCAGCAGCAGCGCCCUGGGGCCCCAGUCCAGCAGUGACUCACACAGGAGUCAGUCACACUCCAGGGCCUGCCACUCCUGACAAAGGCACUCUGACUCACCGUCCUACGUGGGCCCCAGAGCUGUCGCUUUCAUCCACACAGACCUCCCAGAGCCACUGCCCUCGCUGGCUCCGUGCAGAGGUGGAGUGCCAGGAGGUGCGGGUGG